AUGAAUCGAAAUUUCAGCUUCGAGUGCCCAACUGGUAACGAAUUCACAAAAGCUGAACUCUUGCAAAAAGUUCUGUUUGCCAAACAAUUUAUACGUCCCGAUAAACCAGAUAAACAAUAUCCUGAUAGAUUCGUUCAUUUUGGGUACGACAUUCCUGGAGAACUAUGGUAUUAUCCUAUGGCAGAGGGCCCAGGUCCACAUGAUUUCGUUAUAUUCAACAUAAAUAAUCGAAUAGUGGGCGUAAACAGCCGCGUUCUUAGUCGACCAGGCGACGAUAUUAUUUUACCUUGUAAAUUCACGUUAGUAAUUGUCACCCAACACAUACUCUUUACAUGUCAAGAUAUGACUAAUAAUAUUUGUUAG